UCCGGGAUUUGAGAAAUUGGAGGCGGAAAAAGGGAUUUGCUCGUUACUGUUUGCGUAAGCAAAGUUCGAAUUACUGAAGAGUUCGACAUUUUUUUUGGAAGGGAAUUGAAUCGUUGGAGUUGGAAGUGAAAAGAAAAAGAGAGCAGGUUUUGGAAGAGUAGGAUCGAGAGAGAAAGAGAGGUGUUUAGGGUUUUGAAGUUGAAGAUGGCAGAGGUGAGAUUACAUAUAUACGAUGUGACCAACAGUGGAUCCGAUAAAACCAACACCACCAUUCUCCAAAUCAACAAGAUCUUUAAGGACGGAAUAGGCAUCGGCGGCAUCUUCCACAGCGCCGUUCAGGUAUAUGGAGAAGAAGAAUGGUCUUUUGGCUUCUGUGAACAUGGGUCUGGGGUGUUUAGUUGUCCUUCUGGAAAAAAUCCGAUGUACACAUAUCGUGAGUCCAUGGUCCUUGGAAGAACUAACUUUUCAAAAUUCAAGGUUAACCAGAUAUUGCAGGAGCUUAGUAGAGAAUGGCCUGGAAGUUCCUACGACUUGUUAUCCAAAAAUUGUAAUCACUUCUGUGAUGAGUUCUGUGAAAGGCUUGGUGUCCAAAAGCUCCCAGGUUGGGUCAACCGUUUUGCUAACGCUGGAGACGCUGCUAUAGAAAUAGCAGAAACUACUGCCUUACGGUUGAGACAAGCCAAGACAGAGAUAGUAUCAGCCAGCAAAGUGGCAUAUCGUUUUCUUGUGGGUGUUACAUCUAGUUCUAACGGCGGUAAUGAUAAUCCCGGCAACUCAAACAGUGGAAGCCCCAGGUUUCAAGCAGCUUGGUUUAAAAACCUCAUAACUACUGGUGCCAAACCAUCUAGCAGCUCUGAAAUCGAAGCUGAGGAUGGCAGUGCUUUUCCACCGCACUGGCAACAGAAUUCUACACAGACAAUGCGACAGAAUUUCCAAGAUUCGGAAAGACCACUGUGACAGCACUCAUAAGAUGCGGACAAUCAUGGUGACAGAACUCAUGGGACCGGGAAGCAUUUUGUGUUGUGUAAUAGUUGAAACGCUGCAUAGCCAAUGAAGAUGACAUUCAUUGUGUAUCAAAUGUAAGAUGUUUAGUUUCUUGUCCAAACUGAAAUUUUAUCGUGCCCCGUGCAUUGAAAAGUUUCAUUGGAAAAAACUUGUGCUAGGGGAAAAUCCUCGUUCCAACUAAAGGUUGCCAUUUGUGUAGGUAAUUUGAAACUUUCCUAUGAUACAGGUCUUUUUAAAAAGUGAUUCUGAUUGCAUAUUUUA